AUGCAGUACUACGCUGACCAUGGUGCCCAAGGGGCCCGCAGCUCAUACCCGUCCUACCCGCCCGUCUCAGCCUCGUCACCUCAUUAUCCACAUCAACAGCACCACAACAACGCGCGACGCUACAGCGGUGAAAGUAGCAGACCACCAUCACAGGCUGGCAGCUCCAGACCACCCUAUGGCCAGCCACCACGCAGUCCUCUCGCCUCUCUCCCCGCACAUGGACGCGACGAAUCCGACGAGUACGAAGAGCGCGAUCUGGGCGAAAUCGCAGCCGCCAACCAAGCUGCCCAGGAGCAACGUUGGGGGCCCCACGCAGCCCUCUCCGAAGCACCCGGUCGCUUCGACGCCUAUCACGAUCCGCGCCAUGACGACUUUCAUGCUCCCAUGCCCACCAUGCCCGUUUACGAGUCCGCCCACUACGACGGUGGCUUCUACAUGGAGCCACCCGGGCUGUACGAACCCGCCCCACAAUAUCGUCCUGCACCCAGCCUCGGCUCGCCCUCCAUAGCCUCGAGCCACACCCUCGGCGGCCGAUCUCGCCAGAGCCUGCCGGUCUAUGCCUCUCCACUCAUGGCCCCGUCCGCCUCAUCUCCAGCGUCCGAGCCACCCAACAUGUUUAACGUCACCGCCGCACACCACACGCCCGGCGGCCGUCCACGUCCCUUCGAUGACCCACGCGCUCAGUCUGGCGCCCGCGUUGGCGAUCCUUUGCCCGGCUUUCCAAACUGGUCGCACACCUGGUAUGGCGGUCAUCUCUCCGCCGACGGGCAUGCCUACACCAUGGUGCCCCCUGGCUCGGGCCAGAGCGGCUGGGAGAGCGAGACGAUCAGCCACCACCGUCCCGGCUAUCCAGGACCUCCGGGCGCCUACGGUCCGUACCCGUAUGGACGUACAGCAACGCACGAUCAAGUCAAGGAGGAACGCAUUCGCAUGCUCGAGAAGGAGUUCGGACCUAAAGUGAAACACAAGGGCAAGGGCAAAGGUGCCGAUGACGAUGACGACGACAAAGACGACGACGACGACGAAUCCGAGGUGGUCCCAAUCGGUGGCGUCAAUGCCAAAGGCCGACUGGUGCUGCCACGACGCAAGACACGCAUCACCACACGCGUGCUGCAAUGCCUCGUCUCUCUAGUUGCAGCCGGGUGCGGCAUUGGCGGCUUUCUGGCGAUCCAUCCACAGGAAAAAGCACCGCCAUCAGGAACCAUGCCUUCGUUCGUCCUCUACGGCGUCUCGGCCUUGUCGACCAUCAUCUGCCUCUACCUCUUCACCAUCAAGCCCUGCCGCUCCGGUCGUGAUGCUGGUGGUGCUCCCAUGGGCGGCGGCGGAGCGGGCAACGGCAUGGUGAUACCGAUCAUGGCGGGAGGCGCGGGCGGCAAGCCUGGAAAAGGCGGCAUGUUUGGCAAGAAGGGCAAGAGUGCCAUGCAGCAGGGCACCACCGUGAACCUGAUUGUCGACCCAAGCCUCUUGGGGCAGCGUGCCGACGAGAGCGACUCGGAGACCGACGAGGACGAGACGCUGCCGGGCGAGGAGCGCCGCCGCAAGAAGCGGCGUGCCAAGAAGCGGCAGAAGCUCGGCAUGCUGGGCAACAUGAAGCUGCAGGCGAGAUGGCGCGUGGCGCGCACAAGUCUCAAGUGGGACUGUGCGUGGGAUGUGGUGAUGUGCCUGCUGUGGGGUGCGGCGGCCGUCAUGGCGCUCGGCGUGGGUAAAAAGUGCCCCUCCGGAACGGCCGAGGGUUGGUGCACGCUGUACAACAGCGCCAUCGCGUGCGCCAUCGUCGCGGCACUUGUCGGUCUGGUCGCCAUCUACUGCGACAUCGUCGGCCUGCGCGCAUCUCGUGCCCCGCCCAAGGCACGGGUCUAG